AUGCGACCUGAGGCGCAGCAUGUUCCCUUUCGGACACCGUAAGUACUCGAAGCUUGGCACGUUAAAAAAAAGGAUCAUGUACAAGGUAGCAGGUGUGGCUGCUGUGCCUGGAACCCUAUGCCUGAUUUCAGGGACUGUGUUUGCUGCCACCAAGGACAAUCCAAAUGUCACCUUAAAUACAGAUGAGCUCUCCCUCUACACUAUACCGCAGCAGAAGUUCCGCUAUGUGGAGCCGGAGAUAGGGCACUUGGAGCAAGGUGUUACCACUCUAAGGAAACUGGCAGAGCCCUACACUACUUGGUGUCAGCAAACAAGCCAUUCAGCAGUGGAACAUGUUCAGGGUGCCAUUGGACAAGUGAAGCCCAAGGUUGAAAGUGCCAUCCAAUUAGGAAAUGAGACUUUCACUUUCCUGCAAAACCCUCCUGCUGAAUUCUACCCCCGGGCUGGGGUCAUUGGUUUUGCUGGUAUCCUUGGACUCUUUCUUGCAAGAGGUUCCAGGGUGAAGAAGCUGAUCUAUCCUACAGGACUGAUGGCUGUGGGCUACACUAUGUAUUACCCCCAGCAAGCCGCAUCAAUCGCCAAGAACACAGGAGACUCGUUGUACGAUUUUGCCCUGCAGGGCUACGUUAACAUAGAGAAGGUGUUCAAGUCAGUGGAGGGGAAGCCAAUGAAAAAAGAGAAAACAGAGGAAAAGAAACCAGAAGAAACCAGAUGAGAAGAGCUGCAGAGGCCAAACCAUGAUCACAGCAGAUACGUUGUGAUACUAGGAUCGUGACAACAAAACAAGAUUAGCAGUCUUCCCAGGUCCUCCCAAUGUAUGCUACCAUAAGUCAUGGUUAGGCUCGCUCCCAUUUGCGACUAAUGACCAGCUUUUGCACUAGCCUUUCUCUCUGGCAUUUACCUAGGAGGGGGCAGGACCUAUCAAAGUUUUAAACUUUAUGUAUUGAAGGUUCAGCUUUGUGAUUUGAAUGUAUUUAUGUAGACCGGAAUAAAAUCUAUAUUGUACGAUC